AUGUCCUCUCCCCACCACGUCGACAUGAGCGGCUACGAGGUCUCCUACCGCGCGAUCAUGUGUAUCCAUGAGGCUCACAGGACCUCGAGCAAGCCUGUCAAGGAGGUGUUCAAGAACGCCACCGACGAAGAGCUCGCCAGGCUCCGCGUCAAGUUCUCCACGAGCCCUGAAUGGCUCGCGUUGAGCAAGGCGCGAGACGAGCUCAUGCCCCACGACUUGGCCUGCCGCUGGGCCGACACUGCCAAGGGCAACGGCCUGGCUGCCGCCUACCUCGACGCAGGCGACGAGGACGACACUGGCGUGCGGGGCGUGUACGCCGGCAGCGCCGUUGACGACGACCGUGACGAGGCCCACGCCUGGGCGUCCGACAAGGCGCCGUACCACCAAGCGCUUCGCGACCACUACCGGCGCUUGGUCCGUGAUGGCCUGAGCGACUGGGCCGAGGGUACGCGUCACUGGCGCCCCAUGCUUCUUCUUUGGGCCGCCCUUGCGUACCAGCUCUUCCACUUUGUCGUCGACGAGCUCCAGGUCGACCUCAAGACCGUCAAGCGGCCUGCGGCGUCGAAGAAGAUUGUCAACCUUAUUCGCGGCAUCGCCCUCAUCAUGGAGGUCAUCAGCCAGAUGCUCCUCGGCCUCGUCAAGGGUCUCCCCGCCUGGGCCCGCCACUACGGCAUCCCCACCCUGUCCGGCCUCCACUCGCUCAACGAGCAGGCGGCGGUCCGCCUCAAGCCGUUCCCCGUCCGCCAACCCGUCGUUGGCCCCGUCCCGCCCACUCCCGCGGGCCUCACUCGUGCAUUCCCGCCUGCCCUCCCUCGUUCGGGGAUCCCGGACCACCUCUGGCCUGCGGCAGCACUCCCACCAGCUUUCGUGCCGUUCAAGGCCCCUGCGGGCUCCUCCGACAUCACCGUCGAUGAUGAUGGCAUGGACGAGGACGUCGACUGGGCCGUCGAGGAGGAGGCCGGUGCGUACGGCAACGAGGAGCCGCCUGCCGCGGGCCACGAGGAGGAGCUGCCCGGCCUGGCGGAGCUGUACGUCACGUCGCCAAUGGCCAGCUCCAUCGCCAGCGACGCCGAGACCCCGCCUCCGUCGAGCUUCGACUCCGAUGAGGAGGAGGGCCGCGACCACGACCACGACCGCGACGACCAGCCCCACAGCCUCCACCACCACCACCACCACCACGACAUUACCGGCGACACGCCGUCAUCCAGCUCGUCGGGUGUCGAGGACGGCGGAGAGGAAGAUGUCAUGGGCAUUGAGGAAGAGUGGGUCAUGGGCGGAGAGGAGGAGUACCUCAUGGGCGGCGAGGAAGAGCACCUCAUCGGUAUUGAGGAGGAGGAACAGCUCGGUGCGAAUGAGGAGGAACAACUCGGCUUCGAGGAGGAGCAGCUGGGCGCAGGCAACGAGGAGCUAUGGAUGUGA